AUGGUGCGGGGCGUGGAGCAAGGCGGUUCGUCGUCGUCGGCGGCGGCGGCGGCGGCCGUGCCGCCUGCAGGGCAGGCGGCCAUGACGGUCGGCGGAAUCGUGACGGUGGCGACCGUGCUGCUCGUCUUCGCGGCGUUCACGCUCGCGUUCGUCUUGCUCCAGUGCUACUGCGACGACCGGCGCCGCGCCGUGUCGACGAGUGGGCGGCGGCGGAGGCGGCCUGGUGGACCGGUGGCUGGGAGCGGCGGCGGCGGGGUCGACCCGGAGGUGCUGCGGUCGCUGCCGGUCACGGUGUACCGCGCGCAGCCGCCGGCGGCGGCGAAGGGGGAGGAUGGCGUGGAGUGCGCGGUGUGCCUCGCCGAGCUCGAGGACGGCGAGGAGGCCAGGUUCCUUCCCCGGUGCGGCCACGGCUUCCACGCCGAGUGCGUCGACGUGUGGCUGGAAUCCCACUCCACCUGCCCGCUCUGCCGCCUCACCGUCGUGCCGUCGCCGCCGCCGCCGCUGCGGCCACCUCUUCCUCCCGUCCCGCCGGAGCCACCGGCCAACUACACCGUGAACCUACCCGCGAGUUUCCUCCUCGGCUUGUCCGACCAGCACCAGGGCGCAGUCACCAUGACACCGGAGGACAGCACCUCUCCAUCGGCCGGGGCCACAGCCGUGCUGGUCAUCGAGGUCCCAGACCCAGAGCCGGCGGCUUCGACCCCGCGAAACGCGGCGGCGAGGUCCCCAGGCUUGGCACGGCUGAGGUCACUGAAGAGGCUGUGGAGCUUCGGGCGGCAAGGGGCGGCGGCGGGGUCGACAUCAUCCUGUAAUUCCACCGCCGUACGAGUCGACGGCGCCGUCGACUCGGCAACGCCGACACUGCCACUACCGGAGGCCGACGAGACCGGUGCAAGAACCACCGCCGCCGCCGUGUACGUCCGGAAUUGUCAUUAAUUCGGACAUUUUUUUAUUUUCAUAAUAUAUUAGAAAAUAUAUCAAAAAUUCAUUUAAGAUUCGGAACAUUUAUGUUGAAGGUCUUUGAAAGAUCAGUUGAAUAUAUAGCAGCUGGACAUGUACAUUAUAUUCAUUGUCUGCAUAUAUGUAUGGAAAUGAGAACGGGAACAUUCCCAUCUCCGAAUGCUCCAUGAUUUUCAUGUU